AUGCUCAAAAUUUUGCUGGUAGCCUCCUGUGUCGCCUUUGUCAUCGUGCAAUCGGAUGUUGUUGAUGAUGUGAAAAGUGCGGCGAGCGAUGCGGGAGAGAAAAUAAAAGAGGGAUUCAAUUCGGCGGGAGAAGCGAUUGGAGAUGCCACUGACAAGGCAAAACAAGCAGGGAAAGAUGCGGCGAAUAAGGCCGGUGACGCGUUGAACGAUGCCCAAUCGGCGGCCAAGGAGAAAAUCGACGAAGUGAAAAGCAAAGCCGGAAAUCAUCUCCUCAUUUCUGAAUUGCCGUUGAAGAUCAGCCGUGAAGAGUUG